AUGGCCGACAAACUCCGCACCCAGCAGGAACUCGAGCGCCUCCAGGCCAAGUACAUCGGCACGGGUCAUCCCGACACGACCUCGUGGGAGUGGAAGACCAACAUUCACCGCGACACGUAUAGCAGCAUUGUCGGCCACCCGCCGCAGCUCGCCUACAUGGCGCUUGCGCUCAACGAGCCUGCCGCAAAGCUCCGCGCCCAGCUGUUGCGCAAGAUGAUCCAGCCUGCCGGCCCCCCGCCGCCGAGGGAGGGCGACGAGCCUGCCUUGCUCGCUGCCGCCCUUGCUGCACAGCAGUCUUCUGGGCGUGGAGCCUGA